AUGAAUCAUGUGGAUGUUCUUACCACUGCAUAUCACUUCAUAUACAAGAGAAGUAAUGGUGUCCUUGUUGAUAGGUCAUUCACUGCUACCAAAAACAUCUUGAAGGACUACAUCAUUGAGUUUAGGAGAAUCGAAUUUGAAUUUCAUUAUGUCUUCAAAACUGGUCAGACUCCUCAAUCUCCCAACACUUCCUUGGAAGGAAUUGAAGCAAUGUCGAUUGGAUCAAAAAAUGAUCUUGCGCUUGGGUAUGUCUAUCGACCAAAAGGAUCAUCCAAGAAGAAGUUCUUCAGGUAA